AUUUUCAUUUCUCGACAAUGACUAAAGGAAUUAUCCCUGAAUCCUCUACUCGAGUGGUAUAUUUAUGGAGUCGCUGAUUUAUAGAAUCUCUGUCAAGUCCUCGUAAUUUAAGUUUCACGUGUUGGCAUCGGAGUGUUCGUUUGAACGCAAGUGGAGACCCUUCGUAAUCCUAUUUCAACUGUGAAAUACUGCAGUUGCAUGUAAGCUCUCUGUGGCAUUAAUUGUCGCACACGGGAAGGGAUUACAUUACAAGUACCGAAGUGGAUUCCUGGCCACGGUAUUUUGUCUUUUUCGCCGCGCUGACAGAGAGCUUCGUUAUAUUCUCGAAACUUUUUAUCAUGGGUGUUGUCGAACUCCUUUCUUGCUCCUCCAUUGAUGAAACUAUUCCAGUGAAAUAUAAAUGUAUGGAAUUCCAUGAAAACUUACGAAUAACCGAGUUGUUUUACAUCGAUUAUUUCAAAGCAUUUAGAUGGAGGAACUCUUUUCUCUGUUGCAGAGCAGUCCACAGUAUCCAGCAACGUAAAGGCGCCGAGCAAUCGCGGACCCAUCGAUUUAGCUGUGCCCUCGAGAUGCGGUGAUGGCUCUGCUCUACAGAUUCGCGCAGCUGCCUGACAGCAGUGGCACGCGGGUCUUCUCUUUCGUCGUCACCAGGAGCGUGGUACGCGAUCCCGAAAGAGACGUCACUAGCAAGGAACUCGUCUGCGGCUUCCAACGAUGGUCCGUCGCGUUCUCGCGUGGAAACAAGGUGCUGGGCGCGUACCUGGUAUGGCGAGGUGCAUCGAGAAAUCUGCGGGUCUAUGUGGACUUCACGUUCACCUUGCUCAACAGAGAGCACUUUUCGAUGAACGAGGGCUUCUCGGGUAAGCGUGUCAAGUUCACCUACGAGGCCCCAGCCCAAGGCAACCGAAACUACAUCCCCGUAUCGGAUCUGUACAACCGCAACUUCGCAGACACGAACGGCGAGUUCCAGCUGGAACUGACGAUGUCGAACGUGAGAACCGUCUACAUGACAGACCUUAAAAUGCCCAGCAGCACGUUUCCCACUGGACAAUCGAAGCCCAAUAAGCUGGAGACCGAUUGCUUCGCUUUCGGGGGAUUCGAUUGGAACCUGGUCAUUUAUCCCCAUGGGAACAAGGAGCCUGAGGGUUACCGCGGCCACGACAGCGGCGUGAGCGUCUAUCUGAUGAGACUGAGGGGCUUCGACCACCGCUGCAGAGUCCGGUACAGCGUCACCCUUGGCGAGGGUGAUCGUAGGAUCGACUCUGGCCAGAUAGAGGAUCUUUCGGACGAGGAAGGACGCGGUUUCGGCUGGCAUCCCCGCGUCAGGUGGUCGGAAGUCUCGCACAAAGGAGCUGUGCGAGUGUCGCUAGAGAUGGUCGAGGCUAGGACCAUCUGCGAGGUGGCGGUUCAAGCACGAGGACCUGCCGUGCUCCCUGCCAUUCCUUGCUACGAUCGGGACAAGCAGGCCUGGACCAUUCGCGCCGAUCUGCACUCGGACACCGUCAGGCUGCACUUGGUGUACAAGGAUAUCCACAACGUUCCUCGGAAUCACUUGAGGUACGUGAGCUGGUCGGCCUACCUGCUCAGGGAGGAGGAGCCCAGCACCGUGGCGACCAGCCUCCCAGGAGCCCCGUUCAGUCGUUACUACGCUCAAGAGUCUACGGACGAAGGAAUCAUCAUGGAAACAAACCUGGAUACGAACGAGGUGAAGGAAAACCACUGUCCCUACCUCACGGACAAGGGUCAGCUGAGGAUUCGCCUAGAGUGGAACGAGAGCCACCUACUGUUCCAGGCGACUUACCACAAGUACGACGACGUCUGUCGCAUACACAAUCAGCAAAUGAGACGCGAGAUAGCCUCGCUCCAAGGGGAGAAUUACAGUCUAGAGAGGCAGUUGUUCAGCUACCAGAAGAGCCUGGCGUACGCUGAAGCGCAACAACAACAGCAACAGCAGAACCAACAGCAUCACGGUGGCCAUCAGGCGCAUCUGGAGAGAUCCGCAUCCACGGACACCGAAUACGCCUGACAAGUGGAACAAAUGAACGAGCUGCCAGCCGCCGGUUGCAGACGACAAUUGCCGGUCGUGCAAGAGAACGAUCGUCGCGUCCACCAGAAUCUGGUCAGGAUGAUGGACCGACGGCUGAGCAACGUCCAGCUCCAGCAACACCUCUACGAGGAGGCGCAACAGUGCCAGCAAAGGUACAGCGACGGUUCCCCGCGGCAGAGCGUCGAUCAGAACCAGGAGCACCGACGCAGCAUCUUCCAGCAACCGAAGUCGGCCCGGUCCAGCGUGGGCAGAUCGGACAGCGCCUCGGAACGUGGAAACGACCAUUACGCCGGCUAUUAUUUGGGGUACGUCGGUCAGGCAGCGCACAAAAGACGUAGGACCACUUUCUGGGAGACCCUGACGGGUCUCGUGUGCUCAUUGGGCGCUUUGGCUUCCAGGGCUGCCAAGAUGGCCACCAGACGGGGAGAGCCUCUUUGAAGGAGCGCGCUCGCGGACCAGUGGACUGGUACGAUACGGGAUUCGAACUGGGUACCCGGAUAACAGUGACGUAUUUGUGAUGUGGAGAGUUUAGAAUGUUGGACGGUUACGGUGGAGAAGAAACGUCGACGGAGAAGCAACGCGCGACUCGUUUGUGUUCUCGUGGACUGGAGACUCGACGAUGACGUUUGUCGUCGACGUACGCCGUGCACGUCGAGGAUAACCAAGGUCGAAAGUGCCAGCACGCGGCUACGUUGACGGUAGAGCAUUGAGAGCGAGGAUUGGGACGCGGACUCGUCCGUGAAUUCUAUCGAAGAGAAGAUGCGCAAAAGGGUUUCUUUCCUUCCGCGCUGUACAAGCUCGUAAUUGGCGACCGGAUGGACAAUGGGACAGCAAGACGACGCGAGACGAGGACGAUGGAUCGCUCAGUCUGGGAAGGUUUCGCGGGGAUGGUCGAUUGAUCACAUUCGUCCAUGCUACUUUUUUUCUUUUGCUGAUGGAGUCCGAUAAACAGAGACCAAGGACGGAUAUGUAUCUCGUCCGGUAGAGGGCACUCGACGAUGAAACAGCUCCGAAGGAUGAAGCUUCGAAUGGAACGGCCCGUCCAGGGCUGUUCGUUCUCGAGUACCACGGACGGAGAAACCAAGAAGGCUUUGACGUUUAAUAAUAAUCGACUCGGGAACCGGUCGAACCUGCAACACACGAAACAUACAGACACACAGACACACGGAUACACGGUAGGAACCAAGAGGGAAUCGACGGGGGAAAUAUACUCGAAUGGCCCCGUCCCGUCCGUCGAUUCGAUUCUACACACGAUUCUAUCUACUUGUCAAUUUACUAUAAAAAAAAAAAAAGAAAA